AUGUUAAUUAUAUUAUUAUUAUUAUUUCAAUUUGUAUUCACAAAGGAAGAUUAUUGUUUAAUUGAACCAAUUAAGAUUGUUGGUAACAAAUUUUUUACUUCUGAUUCUGAAUUUCAAUUUUUCAUCAAGGGUAUUGCAUAUCAGAAAUCGAGACAAGAAGGUGAAUUUUACGAUAAUACAAAAGAACCAAAUUAUAUUGAUUCAUUAGCCAACCCAUUCUCAUGUUUACGUGAUUUAGAAUAUUUAAAAGAAUUACGAGUUAAUGUAAUUAGAGUAUAUCAAAUUUCUCCGACGUCAAAUCAUGAUGUUUGCAUGAACGCAUUUGCAAAAGAAGGAAUUUACGUAUUAGCAGAUUUAUCAGAGCCAUAUCUAAGUAUCAGAAGGGAUAACCCAAGUUGGGACACUGAUUUAUUUACCAGAUAUAAAGAAGUUAUUGACUCCAUGGCAAAAUAUAAUAAUGUGUUAGGUUUCAUUGCUGGCAAUGAAGUUGCAAACUCCAUUGAUACUAUUGAUUCAUCACCAUUCAUUAGAGCUUCAAUUCGAGAUUGUAAAUCAUAUAUUGAAGAACAAGGAUACAGGAAAAUUCCUGUUGGUUAUGCCUCAAAUGAUGAUACAAAUAUUCGAAAUCAUUUAGCAAAUUAUUUAGUAUGUGAUUUAGAAAAUGAUAAUAAUUACUCCAAAUCUGAUUUUUUUGCAAUUAAUGUUUAUGAAUGGUGUGGAUAUUCAACUUAUACAACAUCAGGAUAUAGAGAAUUAACUAAUAGUUUUGAAAAUUAUUCGGCUCCAAUUUUCUUUGCUGAGUUUGGUUGCAAUAUUAUAAAUCCAAGGCCAUUUACUGAAAUUGAAGCAAUUUAUGGUACAAAAAUGUCUAAAAUUUGGUCAGGAGCAAUUGCUUAUGAAUAUUUUGAAGAAGCAAAUCAUUAUGGAAUUGUAAUGCUUAAAAAAGAUGGACAAUUGACAAAAUUACCAGAUUUUGAACAUUUAAAAAAGAACUAUGAAGAUGCUAAACCAAUAGGGAGUGAUAUUGAUGAAUGUUAUCAAUUGGAAACUACAAGUUGUUCAUGUCCAAAUAAUGAAAAUUUUCAAGUUGCAACUAAUUUACCACCAACUCCCGUUCAAGGAAAAUGUGAAUGUUUAUGGCAAUCUUUUGGGUGCGUAGUUAUUGAUGAUGGGGGAUUUGAUGAAGAACCAUUGAUACAAGAUCUUUGUAAGAAAGUAGAUUGUCAAGAAAUUAAAGCAAAUGGUAAUACUGGUAAAUAUGGGAAAUACUCACAUUGUAAUCCGAUAGUAAGAGCUUCAUAUGCUUUAAAUAAAUUUUAUGAACAAUGUGGAAAGAAUGAAAAUGUAUGUUUAGCUCAAGGUAGAGGUCAAAUAGUUAAAAAUGUAUUAAGUUUAAGAAAUAAAUAUUCAAGUGAUGGUAGAAAUUGUCAAGCUUUAUUGUUUGAAGAAGAUGAAGAAGAAGAAGAAAUUGAACAACCACCACCUAAAAAGAAAAUAAUCAAAAAAGUUCCAUUAAAUGAAACUCUCCCAUCUUCAAAGAAAUUUAUUUCAAAAGGUAACAAGAUUUCCAUUUUCUGGUUAA